AUGAAUUAUGUCAACAAUUUUAGGGGUCAGAGGCAAGGAGGACAACAAUGGGCACCAGCACCCAACCAGCAGUACAGACCGAACAUGCCACAACCUAGAGGUAUUCGGCCCCAAGGCCAAAUGGUGCCAUAUCAGAGACAACAGAGCUAUCAACAGCAGCACCAGCAACAGUUGACAUAUCAGCCACCUCAUCAGCACCAGGACAGCAACAUGUUGUCCAUUGCCUUAAAUAACCGCCCCCAGGGAACAUUGCCAGCCGACACGAAUAUUAACCUCAAGGAGCAAAACCCGAAUCAACUGAUGGCAGUAAGUCUUCGGAAUAGGAGAGACUUAGACAGGGAGCAAGAAGUUGCUCAAUCCAGAAGAGAGACUACACCAGCCACUCCAGUUCCAUUAGAGAUAGAUGAAACAGUCGAACUCACUGAAGUGGUGGUUGAACAGGCUCAGAUUGAUAAGGGUAAGGUUAAAGAAAGUGAACAAGUUCCAGAACACGUGGACCUGUCUACAAUAACUCUAACACAGCCACGCAGCGCGGUAGUGACAAGACCCAUAGCUCAAAAGAUGUUUGAUCCAAGUAGCUUCACUAUUCCGUGCACUAUUGGGAGUUAUGCUUUUGCAAAAGCAUUGUGUGACUUAGGAGCCAGCAUAAACUUGAUGCCUUUGGCAAUGCAUACAAAACUGGGCAUUGGCAGAGCUAGACCGACUUCGAUGCUGUUGCAACUGGCUGACCGCACGGUUAAAAGACCGACGGGGAUUCUUGAUGAUGUGCUGGUAGAUGAGGAGAUACCCAUCAUUCUGGGGAGGCCAUUCUUAGCCACUGGGAGAGCAUUGAUUGAUUGUGAAACUGGAAAUUAA